GCAACCCCUCCAUCCGCAGCUCGAAACAAACAAAAGGAUACUCAGAGUUAACAUCUUGGACUGGUAGUCAAACGCGACAACUUCUCCUUGCAGACGUUGGCCCAAGCAUGUGACGCAUGCGACAUGGCUCCCGACGCUAAAAUACUCCCCGGGUCCAGGAGCCGCCAUCUUCUCCGCCAGGAAACCGGAGCGCCUGCUUUACGUAAAGCGACGCGAUGUCGUAUGGAGACGAAACCUGAGCGUAACAAAAAACUACUACGAAUACAACUUCUCUCUUCGACGAAGGAUGUCGCUUUGUUUCCCAUUGAACCGCCUUCCGAUGUGUCCCGCCCCUACCGGAUGUAGAGCAGUACUGUGGAAUUCAUUGUAACACAUCAAAUAAAGGGCUGUCUUUAGAUUGCCAUCUACAUAUCAAAGUGUUUGUACUGGGAGAAGGCGGAAAGGAAUGGAGGAGAUUUAUGCCCAAGGCGUCUGGAUGGCCGAAGGUCUCCAGCAGAGGACGAAGACUCAGGAGAAAUUCUGGCUAACGGUCACUCAUAUGGGAGACCCUAAAGCAGCCUUUUUGCUCGUCUUUCCUUUUACUUAUUUCAUCAACAGGAGAGCUGGGGUAGCGGUGCUUUGGAUGGCAGCUAUAUCGGAGUGGUUGAACUUAGUGUUCAAAUGGUUGCUGUUUGGAGAGAGGCCAUUCUGGUGGAUCGGUGAAUCGCGUCUUUUUGUCAAUAAGCAACCGAAAAUUCACCAGUUUCCGUCCACCUGUGAAACAGGCCCAGGCAGUCCGUCUGGACAUGCGAUGGUGACAGCAGCAGUCUGGUGGGUCAUUGUGUCCUCGCUGGGGUCCUUUCUGUACUCCCGUUCUCACAGUGUUCUCUUAUCAGCUGCUCCCUACGUCCUCUAUGUGGUGAUGCUUGUUGCAGUUGGAAUCUCCAGGAUCUUUAUCCUCGCACACUUUCCGCAUCAGGUCGUUGCUGGCUCCAUUACAGGUUUCAUUCUGGGGAUUGUCCUGAGCUGCAGAGUACCAGAAGGUCGCCCCCUGCUGUUCUUCUUUAGUUUAAGCUUCGGGCUGCUGUUCGGAGCUCUGAUGCUCCAUGCUGGAUUAAAGCAGCUGGGAAUUGACCUCUCCUGGUCUAUUGCUUUGGCCAAGAAAUGGUGCAGCCAUGCAGAAUGGAUUCGUUUGGACACAGCCCCAUUCUCCUCUCUCACCCGAGACUGUGGGGCCCUGUUGGGUUUGGGGCUGGCACAGUACUGGAAGCCUGGUGGAUGGUCUCUACCUUGGGCUCCCAGAGCUUUGUCUAUGGCUGUAUCAUCCAUGGGUCUUUACCACGUGAAUCGUCUACCGCUCCCGGUCCAACCACAGAGCCUUUUCUACAGCCUGUUCUUUGUCAAAUUUGUCCUAGUGCCUCUGAUCGUUAUGGUACUUGUGCCUGGGGUGGUACACCUAUUAACAUUCAAAAAAAAGAAAGACUAGAAGAGUUCCUCCACACAUGAUGUGCACCUUAAACACCUCCCAAAACUGGAGUUUCCUUCAGAGUUUGUAUAAACACAUUUAAUGUUUAAUGUUCGCUGUGUUUCAGAACCAUUUUGAUGGGUAUUCACUAAACAAUGGCCUUUUAUCCAGUCUGUGACCUGUGUUUUUCCUUUUAUUUGAUGAUUUUAAAAGUGCCGGUAUUGAGACAUUGUGGCGUAAUGUCUCUAGUGAAUCUAGUGCAAUCAUAAGUGUUGUAAAUACUACAGUAUUUUUGCUAAAUAUCGACUUUAUUGGGAAAAGUGCAACUUUGUUUAUGUGCAUUUUGUGUUGUUUGAAUCUUUACGAGUCAAAGAUUGUUACCGAGGUUUAAAACGUCAGAUUUGCGACUACUGAAAGGCAAAGAAUUUGAACAUUGCGCAGAUGUCUGAUGCUCAGUUUUGUGUUAUUGCUUUGUGACCGAAAAACUUGAAAGCUACAUUCCUGUUAUUCCCUAAUCAGUAAAAAAUAAAUGAUCGACAUGCAGGGCGUGUUUCAGUUGGUAACCAUUUAUAAA